CUUUGACGUGACAGUGAGUGCAUACCAAUGCCGUUCCAUAUCCAAAGGCAUUUGUGCUGAACCAUUUGCUGGAACUAUUCUCGGUUGCACUGACCGGUGCUGUGAUGACUCGACUUUUGCCGGAGAAGAAGGUGGUCCAGAUAGCUUGCAGUGACAAUCACUGCUUGGCUUUGACUACAGAUGGUCGUGUUCUUGCAAGCGGGACCAAUGGCAAUGGACAGCUUGGGUUGGGGCAUCAACAAAAUUCAGUGUCAGAGUUCCAAGAAAUUCAAUUGAAGAUGGAUUCUGGUUCCUUUCAUUUUGCCAGCUUUGUCGCUUGUGGAGCUUCCCAUUCGAUGGUGAUUUGUGAGCAAGAGUCUGUGUACUCUUUCGGAUACAACGGCAAUUACCGCCUGGGACAUAACAUCGAAGGCAGCUGCCCCAAGCCACUCCGAAUUUGCUGCAAAGAGCAAAUCAAGAAGGCAUGCUGCGGCAAUGCUCACUCACUGGUCCUGAGCUCUUCGGGAACAGUUUUGGGAUGUGGAUCUGGCGGAAGUGGUCAGUUGGGUCGCAACUUGCGCAGCAAUCACCUUUUGUCAGCAAUCACCUUGCCACCAGCAGUUCAGGGUCGAGUGGUUGACAUCUUCGCCCACCCACAAUUGGACGUUUCAGUUCUCAUGAAUGAGCAGGGAGCGCUUUACAUUUGUGGUGCAGCUGGUUCAUUGUUUGGACACAGCAACAACAUCGAGGAUUUUUUCCCCUUGAAAGAGCGUUCAGUGGUUCUACGCUCACGCGUGGUAUGCGCGCAGACAGAAGUGCAAGGCUACCAAGCGCGGUUCAAUGACCCUUCCUGCUGUGAUAUUCAAGUGUGGGCUGCAGAUGAACCAGAACCCAUACAUUUUGGUUGGGAUACCAUUCGAGCUCGGUCGCCAUACUUGACCAAAAUGAUCGACAGCAAGAUGAAGGAGGUAUCAAUGCCGGAGGAUGGAAAGAGGAGGAAGGUGACCCUUCAAAACUACUCACGGAAGACUCACUAUGCGUAUGGCAAGUACAUACAUGAGAACGUGCUUGAUGCGGAGCCUCAGACCCUUUUGGAAUUGCUUCAACUCGCUGAUGAAUAUGAUGAUGAAACCGGACUUCCCAGUCUCUGCGCCAGCACACUUGUCCGAUCCAUCACCAGCGACAAUCUGUGUGGUUGCCUGGAGCAUUGUUUUCACAUUAAUUUUCAUGCAUUGGCUUCAGACUUGGUGAAACAAGGACUUGUUUUGUCCAAUGUGUGCGAUGUCCUCAAUGUGGUGGCCCGGGCAACAGAGACGCCAGGCAGCGUCAAGGAUGAAAUGGCUGACGAAAUCGUUGCAUACAUCAAAGAGAUUGUCAUGGCCUUUGCUGCUCAGCAUGCUACGGUAGUGAUUGAAGAUGCGAAGUUUGCCACGCUGACUCCAUGGAUUGCUAAGGAUGUCCUGGUGAAACUAGGUCCAUUCGAAGAGGACGAAGGGACUGCAAUUAGUGGAUUGUCGGAUUGUCGCCGCUUGCCAUCCUGGCUUCGUAUGGCGACUGACACACCAGAGAAACCAGCUGAGGAGGUGGAAGAGGUGUCCACUGAGUCCCCAAAGGGGGAGGUGGAGCUGCAGAGGUCUUUUUCGGCCAUCAAUGAAGAAUCCGGCGCUCCAUGGGGUGGCGGAAUCAAGGGCUUGACUGUAAAAGUCGGGCUACUUGGCGCGAACAUCGACAGCUUGCGCGAGGGUUGUGAAAGAUUGGCCGGUGAGUCAGAAGAGAUCAUUCAGGCCAUUUUCGAACGCCUGGGUAUUCUGCAUUGUCGGACCUCUCGAAUCGAAGCCCUCCUGGGAUUGCCGCAAUGGCAGCCAGAGGAAGAUGAGGGCAGGACCGAUGCUCCCGAAGGCGAAGAAACUGCCAGUGCUCGGUGCCUACGAGGACAUUUGUUGGUGCCAGAAGAGGAGACGGAUGGUCCACCAAAGCAAUGCGGCUUUUGUCGAUGCCAAAGGCAGACAGUUUUCAAAUGUCCCAGUGAGGACUGCUACUUCCAUGCAUGCCAGGAGUGCGUGCAGAAGGCAGAGGCUGAAGGCCAAGGUGCUGAAGCCGGGCCCAAAGAUCAGGCCGAGGACGAGGCACCAACGCCUGCGCAAGAUGCGCAAGGGCAGGAGCCGACCAUGGAAUCCGCAGAGGCUGCUACGGAAGGUUCGUCUCCGUCCAACAUGUCCGAGGACGACGUGCAGCGUCCGGCAGAUCCCAAGGAAUGCCGCAGCUCACGGCCUGCAACGCCAUCAACUGCGUCACCCGAGGACGCUACAGAAACUGCCUCUGGUGUGGAGGUGGAUAGCACGGAUGGUGCGGAGGUCCUUGAGAAUGACAGCCAAGAGAUGCAGGAGCCUGAGCAGCCAGAGGCAUCAAAGCCUCCAAAGCUACCCAAAGAAGGCAAUGGUUUGAAGGCCAGGAUGUGUGCUUUGGAGGCUGAAGUUCGAGAGCUUGCUGCCUAUGCCUCCAGCACAGCUGCCAGAGAAGCUGCUGCGCUGGCGCAGGAGGUGGCUGCUGCAUGCUGUGCAGAGUUUCAACAGGAGGUGAUGCAAAUGUCAGCUGCUCUGAAAGAAGAGAUGAAGGCCCUGGGCAAAGAUGGUGAACCACUGCAGGAUGGAAACCAGAAGGCUGAAGAAAUUGGUCGUUGUGAGGAGACUUUCCACCAGCAAUUCGCAGAAUUUGCAGAGGCUGUUGAGCAGCAAUUGCUGAACAACUCUCAAGCCGUCCAGCAGUUUAUUGUGGAAUCACAGGAGGAAUCGGAACAGCGGAUAGCUACAAAUGUUUCCGCGAGUGUUGUUGAAAAAGUUGAAGGCUUUGCAUUGCGCUUGGAUUCUCUCGAACAUGAACUUCCCCGUGGACGUGUGAGGGCUUCCAAGAGUGGUGUGAAGAUGGAUCAUGAAGCAGCGGCUCUCCAGUACUUGGCCAAUGGCUUUGGAGCGCUUAUGAAAUGCCUGGGCCUGGCGAAGACUACAGGAGAGUUGCUGGGUCAUCAUUGGCCAUGGGAGGAGGUGGAACAACGAAUUGAGGAGGCUUGGUUUCAACGUGGGAGAGAGGCUUGGCACUUGGGCCUCCCUCCAAAACCGGACCUCUUCGACUUUCUGCAGUGUCAAGCAGCAGCCGCCCGUGUGGAGGCCGCCAAGGCACCGCGCUUGCCAGACCGUCGGGAGGCGGCACGAUUGGCAAGCCGUCUUGUGUCAACAUCACCUCCGUCCUGCACAGGUUCAUGCGGCACACUUUCGUACAGUCCACAAAGCAGCGCUGCAACUGAUGCCCGCACAGAAGCGGAGUCAGAGGCAUCGCCUUUCAGGCCGCGCAGCGCAGCCAUGAGCCACCCAGGGUCUUCUCCCAAUCCGUGGCACGGCCGUAGCUCCAAAGGUGCUGACAUGGCCUGGGCGGAAGAGGCACGAGAUAGUCCGCAGCCAAAGUCAUGA